AUGAGCGUACCGAGAAAUAGUACUGCUAGUGAAGCUAGUGAAGAGAUAACCCUCGAGGAGGAGGAUGUUCGCUGCUUGAAUGACGAAGAUACCGAUAAGAGUGGUGAAAAAGGAAGCCGAUGCUCAGAGCUGAAAAAUAAACCAAACGAUGACGCACUUUCAACAACGACGACCAGGAAACUCAGCGGUUUGCACCCUGAGUCGGAGUCUUCCAGUAUUUUCGAACCAGAGAAAGAUGCAAAGGGGGAAUCUCCAUAUACUCUAUUGAGCUACGCUCAAAAAUGGGGCAUGGUUGCUUUACUGACUAUGUGCACUUUUUGGUCGUCAUUAGGCUCUCCAAUAUACUAUCCGGCUCUAAAACAGUUAGAAAAGCAGUUCAACAUAGAUGAAAAUAUGGUCAACGUUACGGUUGUCGUGUACUUACUGUUUCAAGGGAUCGCGCCAACUGUGAGCGGCGGACUGGCCGAUAUCUACGGUCGAAGGCCUAUCAUAGUGAUUGGAAUGGUGAUUUAUGUUGUCGCUUCAAUCGGUCUAGCGUGCUGCAAUUCUUACGGGGUAAUUGUAUUCUUGCGGUGCAUACAAAGUGCCUGCAUCUCUCCGACGAUCGCAAUUAGUUCUGGUGUUGUCGGAGAUUUCACAUUAAAGUUUGAGAGAGGAACGUUUGUGGGCGCCACGUCCGGUUUUGCACUGCUGGGACAGGCAUUUGGAUCGCUAAUUGGGGCCGCCCUAGCAGCCGCUUGGAAUUGGAGAGCAAUAUUUUGGUUUUUAGUGAUCGGAUGUGGGAGCAGUCUGGUUGUUGUAUUCACACUCUUGCCAGAAACAAAGAGAACACUAGUCGGCAACCUGUCCAUAAAACCCAAGAAUAUUCUCAACAGAGCACCAGUAUUAUUGCUAAAACCAGUUAGACGUCGUUUCAGGUAUGACAAUCCGGACUAUGACACGUUGGACAAGAAUAUACCCAAGCUUGAUCUUACAUCUGCCUUGAAGAUCACCGCACAACCAGAAAUCUUCCUGUCGCUUCUGCCCGGCGGUUUACAGUUUGCGAUGUGGACUUUAAUGCUUUCUGCCAUAUCGUCGGAACUUCUCGCAUCACCCUACGACUAUAAGUUGACGAUUGUGGGCGUUUGCUAUCUGCCUGCGGGGAUCGGCGGUCUUAUUGGUUCCUUCGUAACCGGUAGGAUUAUUGACAUUUACUACAGAAGGCUCAUCAAAAAGUUUGAGAAAGGCAAGGAAGAAGGCACCAUUUCGCCAGACGCUCAGUUUAAUGUCAUAAAAGCACGUCUAACUGCCGCGCUGCCUCAGAACUUUAUUUCUGUCGCAUCAUUUCUAUUAUUUGGAUGGAGCGUUGAUAAAGGCUGGCCGGUUGCCGCCGUUUUGAUAACAUCAUGUGUGAGUUCUUUCUGCACAAUGAGUACACUCUCCACGUCAUCGACUAUGCUAGUAGACCUGUAUCCUAGUAAGUCGUCAACUGCCACCAGUUCUUUCAACUUCAUCAGAUGCACGCUGAGUGCCAUUUUUAUGGGAUGCUUCGCAAAGAUGAAAGCUUCAAUGACUGUUGGAGGUACUUUCUCAUUUCUCUGUGGGCUCGUAUUCAUUGGAAACUUUUUACUUUUAAUACCAAUGAAUCAAGGCAUGAAGUGGAGAGAACAAAGAGCUUUGAAAGCUCAGUUAGCAUGCGAAAAAGCACUCUCCUGA